AUGCCUUCCGAAGUCUCUGAUAUCAAGCAGUUCAUUGAGAUCUGCCGACGGAAGGACGCUUCCUCUGCUCGCAUUAAGCGCAACCGCUCUACCCAGCAGAUCAAGUUCAAGGUCCGAUGCAACCGAUUCUUGUACACCCUCAUCCUCAGAGACGCCGAUAAGGCAGACAAGCUCAAGCAGAGCUUACCACCUGCCCUGAAAAUUAUCGAUGUCUCCAAGGGUACCAAGAAGAAGUCCACCUAG